AUGAAGGACCUGGAUGCCAUCAAGCUCUUCGUGGGGCAGAUCCCGCGCAACCUGGAGGAGAAGGACCUCAAGCCGCUCUUCGAGCAGUUCGGCAAGAUCUACGAGCUCACCGUGCUCAAGGACCGCUACACCGGCAUGCACAAGGGUUGUGCGUUCCUCACAUACUGUGCCAGAGACUCUGCCAUCAAAGCCCAGACAGCACUGCAUGAACAGAAGACUUUGCCAGGGAUGGCGCGCCCGAUUCAAGUGAAGCCUGCAGACAGCGAGAGCCGUGGAGGGGACAGGAAGCUCUUUGUGGGCAUGUUAAAUAAGCAGCAGUCUGAGGAUGAUGUGCUCCGGCUCUUUGAACCAUUUGGGGUCAUUGAUGAAUGUACGGUGCUCCGUGGACCUGAUGGUAACAGCAAAGGCUGUGCUUUUGUAAAGUUCUCAUCUCACACAGAGGCUCAGGCAGCAAUCCACGCACUCCAUGGCAGCCAGACAAUGCCCGGCGCCUCCUCCAGUCUAGUGGUGAAGUUUGCUGACACAGAUAAGGAGAGGACCCUCCGUCGUAUGCAGCAAAUGGUGGGGCAGCUGGGGAUAUUCACUCCAUCUCUCACCUUGCCGUUCAGCCCAUACAGCGCCUAUGCGCAGGCUCUGAUGCAGCAGCAGACAACGGUUCUCUCCACCUCCCACGGCAGCUACCUGAGCCCAGGCGUCGCCUUUUCCCCUUGCCACAUCCAACAGAUCGGUGCCGUCAGUCUCAACGGGCUGCCAGCCACUCCUAUUGCACCAACAUCAGGGCUACAUUCACCGCCUCUCCUGGGAACAGCAGCCAUGCCAGGACUGGUGGCACCCAUUUCAAAUGGGUUCACUGGAGUGGUACCAUUCCCAAAUGGGCAUCCAACCUUGGAAACAGUUUACACCAAUGGCCUUGUGCCAUACUCAGCCCAGAGCCCUUCAGUAGCAGAGAGUUUGCACCCAGCCUUCACAGGAGUUCAGCAGUAUGCAGGUACCAGCUUCCCUUCUGUGUAUCCAACCACCGCCAUUGCUCAAAGCAUCCCUCAGCCACCUCCCAUCCUGCAGCAGCAGCAACGAGAAGGUCCUGAAGGCUGCAAUCUCUUCAUCUACCAUCUCCCUCAGGAGUUUGGAGACAAUGAGUUGAUGCAGAUGUUCCUGCCCUUUGGCAAUAUAAUUUCUUCCAAGGUAUUCAUGGAUCGUGCCACCAACCAGAGCAAGUGUUUUGGUUUUGUAAGCUUUGACAACCCAUCCAGUGCACAGACUGCUAUCCAGGCCAUGAAUGGCUUCCAGAUUGGCAUGAAACGUUUGAAGGUCCAGUUGAAACGACCCAAGGAUGCUAACCAUCCCUACUGA